AUGGCCAAGCAUCGGCUGCCGACCAUCUUCAGCGUCAAUCAGGGCCGUACGAUUGUCGCGGCGAUGGACGGCUGCGAGAUGUGCAUCGACGCGCUACGCGAUUUCGUGGAGGAGCGGAUGCGGAAGCACGACGACCGUUUGAUCGUGGCGCUCUAUCACAACCGCACGUCGUGGCGAUCCGCGCUCCGCGUCUCUCGAGCAGGCAAGCAACGCCCCUCCAUCUCUCCCUUCUUCCUCUCCAUUCCCUCAUUCCUCCUCUUCCCUCCCUCACUUCUUCCUCACUCUUUCCUCACCCCUUCCUCUCUCCUCCAUUUCCCCAUGCACUCCAUAAAAGACGGCGAGGAAACUGAUGGCAGCGACAGGGAGCAGGCGCUCAAGGAGCUCAUGACGGCCACGGGCGGGGCGGGCGGGGGAGGAGCGCACGGCCCGUCGGUGAGCAACGUGUCGACCAUCGGGACGGGCACAGCGGUGAUCGACGAGGCCACAGCACCCGUGCUGCUGAAACGCCUCAAGUGGGACGGCGACGCCAAACAGGCGCUCUCCCGGCUUGUGGGAGUCUCUAUUGAAAAGAAGGUGCGCUUUGAGGUGGCUCUACUGGAUUCCAAGUCCGUGCCAUCUGCGGUUGUCAAUUUCUGCGACAUGAUCUCAGCGGAUGUGCUGGUGCUGGCCACGACACGUGGCAUCUCCAGGCAUGAGCCAGCUCAGCAGAACACGAUCCAGAAAGUGCUGUCCAAGAUUGGCCACGUCAGCCACACUGAGCUGGCGCACCACUGCAGCAAGAACGCCCCGUGCGCGGUGGUGAUUAUAUCGGAGCAUGAGGAGGAGGACGAGGAGGGAUAA